AUGACCUCGUCCACUCCCACCUUCGCCCAGGCGCAAGAACGCCUUGCAGCUCGUCGCCAAGCGCGUGAAGCCGAAGCUCAAGCCCGAGCUGCUGCCCAGCAAUCGGCAUCCCGACUGCGUGCUUCCAUCGCCUCGCAUCAAUCUCCGCUCGUACGGCGGCUCGGCGGCUCUGCCCUGUCAGCCUGGGACGCCGUCUCGUCGCGAGAAGGCACGAGGCCCGCUUUCCGCGUGGGUCAGGUCGAUGCUGAGCUCCUGGACGAGGAGUUGAUAGAACUUCUGCGGAACCAAGUCGGCGAUGCUCUCAAAUACUUUGGAGGCCACGGCGGACAAGCGAGCGGUGGGCUGAAGGACGAGUGGUCCGCCGAGAUCCUCCUGCUGCUCCGGGCCGUGCUCUUCAAAUUGACCAUAUGGGAUCACGAUGCAACCUAUGGUGCGGCUCUUCAGAAUCUCAAGUACACCGAUGCCCGCAACAAAGGGCCGGUGCUCGCGCCGCCAACGAGGUUGCAAAAAACCAUCUACGGGCUCAUCACAGUUGGGGGCAAAUAUGCCUGGACCAAGUGGGAGGAUUGGCUCCUCGACCAAGAUAAUGGCUACGAUGAGCCAAGCCCGAGAGUCAAGAGGAUGUCCCGGCUAACUUCAGUUGCAUCAUCAACGCAUGCUGUUGCGGCAUUUGCUUCUUUCUUGGUAUUCUUGGUCAACGGCAGGUACAGAACCCUGCUCGACCGCAUAUUGCGUAUAAGACUGGCACCGCCGACAAGCCAGGUGAGCCGGGAGGUGUCCUUUGAGUACCUCAACCGCCAACUAGUGUGGCACGCCUUCACUGAAUUCCUUCUGUUUGUUCUCCCCCUCGUCGGCAUCAACCGAUGGCGGAGAUGGAUCAUGCGCACCUGGCGGAAGACGAAGGACAUUGUCACCAGUGGCGCCACGGCCCCGGCGGACGAGAAGAAAGGAGAGUUCGCCUUCCUGCCCGAAAGGACGUGCGCCAUUUGCUAUCAGGACCAGAAUAGCGCCACAUCAGAGGCCGAAGUCUUGGCCGCGGCGGCUUCCAGCGGCGUGGUUGGGUCUGCACAGACAGACAUCACGAACCCCUACGAAACGGUGCCAUGCGGCUGCGUGUACUGCUUCGUCUGCCUGGCGACGCGACUGGAGCGCGAAGAGGGCGAGAGCUGGACCUGCCUGAGAUGCGGCGAGCUGGUCAAGGAGUGUAAGCCUUGGAGCGGAGAUGUCCUUGAGCCGCCAAGCAAGUCGCCUACCGCUAAGACGGUUGGCUUUGCGGAUGAUGUCAAGAUUUCAGUCUCGGAGAAUGUCUCGACCCGUGGAGCUGAUGAUGCUGAGCCGGAGGCGGAUGAGGAGGUCUCAAGGGAGGCAGAUCAUCCUGUGAUGGAGGAGGCUGCCGCAGAGCCACAGGCGGCUGAAGAGUUUGAUGGUGAUGCCCAUGAUCCCGACAGCACGGAUGGAGAGACAGAUUCAGAGAUUUACGAGGAGGAAGAAGAUGAGCUCAAUGACGACGGCUUCGAAGAUUAG